UGAUAAUUGCAGCCUCGCACCCUUGGCGCCAAUCAGACUUACAGAGAAAUAAAACAGUGGCCAUUUCCAUUGAUUGUUUUAUCAGGUUUGCGCUUAAGCCGCCGCUGCUGCUCCUGUCACAGUCACAUUGGUUGGUAUUUGUGCCCACCAACAUCGUCAGUAGCACACUAUCUAUCAUUGUCAUAUUAAUGUAGCCCAUUUCUCUGUGCCCGUAGUCACGAUACGAUACUCAUAACUCGGCAGCGGCAGCAGCAGCACAGGGACAAUAGAGGCGUGUUUCUCCUGAGGGGAGCGAUAAGACACAGCGGCAAAAUGGGGAGGAAGUCCAACAGAGCAAAGGAGAAGAAAGCCCGGCGUCAGGAGGAGAGGGCAGCUAUGGACGCUGUCUGUGCCAAGGUGGACGCAGCCAAUAAGCUGGAUGAUCCACUGACUGCCUUCCCAGCUUUCAAGAAAUACGACAGAAAUGGGCUGAACCUACAGAUAGAGUGUAAGAGAGUGACCACCCUCAACCCACUGUCUGUGGAAUGGGCCUUUGAACUCACCAGAGCCAACAUGCAGACACUGUAUGAGCAGAGCGAGUGGGGGUGGAAGGAGAGGGAAAAGAGAGAGGAGAUGAACGACGAGAGGGCAUGGUACCUGCUUGCCCGUGAUGGCGACUCUGCUCCAGUGGCCUUCUCUCACUUCCGAUUUGACGUGGAGUGCGGGGAGGAGGUUUUAUAUUGCUAUGAGGUGCAGUUGGAGAGCAGAGUGCGGAGGAAAGGACUCGGCAAGUUCCUCAUCCAGAUACUACAGCUUAUUGCCAACAGUACACAGAUGAAGAAAGUGAUGCUGACAGUUUUUAAACACAACCAUGGGGCUUAUCAGUUCUUCAGAGAUGCUUUACAGUUUGAGAUUGAUGAAACCUCACCGAGCAUGUCCGGCUGUUGCGGCGACGACUGCUCUUACGAGAUCCUGAGCCGGCGGACCAAACACGGCGAGGCCUCGGCGGGACACACCCACGGGGGCGGGCACUGCGGGGGCUGCUGCCACUGAAUGGACUUCAGUUACCCCUUUAAGAUUGGUUAAAAAGCAAGCAACUUUCGAGGCUGUGUGUGAAAGCUUGAGCUGCCUGCUGAUUCUACAAACAGUAAUGAGUUUAACCGACGGUCUCUGUGGCUGUUAAUGGAGUAUGAAUGGAUGGAGCAUGGAAUACCUGGCUACAGCUGUUUAACAUAGUAGGGUUUGAGAUUUGUGCGUCUUAAGUGUAUUCCUGCCAAAAGCAGUAUGCAGUGUGAGCUUUCACACAUGGCUUCUGUUUGUUGUUUCCUACGUCUUGGUUCCGUGUACAAACUAUCUUUUUCUCAUUCUUAAUGAUUAUUAGUAGUUUCCAGUCAAGAAAAAGCCUUUUACUGAUUUCAUUUACCACCACAGUCGACCUCAUUCCACCUCACUCUCAUCUCCUAAUGUGCUUUACUGUAUCAAAUCAUUCUGCACUGCUGCUUGGUCGAAAGUAGUAAAUGAAGUUGAUAAGUGAUGCUCAAUCCACGAUAUUGUCACUGAGGGAAAAUCGGACUAUGUAAAGUUUCCCUGGGAUCUCGCACUGAGACUGUUUGCUUGUUUCACUGAAUCAGGAAUCCCGGGAUUAGAUCAAGUUCAUUUCCCCUAAACGGCGUCAGAAGCCCUGCAAUAUUUUUAACACAGGUUAAUACGCACAUAUGGCUUGUUACUUAUUUUUUUAAAACAAAAGCACUGCCGCAGCUGCACUGUUUUUGAACCAUGUUUGUCAGUGAAACUACUGUUACAUGAUUACAGUACAUUAUUAGCAGUCGCCCACUUCUCUGUUCAGGUGAUAACUAUAUUAGUGUCUCCCCUGCUUUUAUUCUUUUGUAACUUAUGAAACAAGACAUUCAAGGUUUUCAUCAUGAGGACUUUUUCUUCCAGUGACUUGAGUUUAAAAAAAAAAAUACCUUAUUUCUCAUUGUCUGUUGCUGUAAAUCUGCGUCCAACACAGAAAGUAAACUUUGCUUUAACCCACUCUCAUAUUUCCUAAUUGGAGGUACAUGACAUGAAACCCUUUUCUGUUUUUCUACAGUAUUUUCACACUUUCACACCCUUUUUCAAUCAGAAAAAAACCUUUUUCAACCGGAGAAAGUGAAGCCACUUUUCCACACGCUUCAUUGUGCCUCUGCGUUCUCCCUUCAUCUUAUAAAGGUACUAAUAGAUGACGGCGAACUCAUUUAAGUUGAGCUCAUCUUUAGUCACUGUUGUACAGUUACAUUUCUACUACUUGCCUCUUCGUUCAUUUAGUCUCCGAGAGGUACUAAUGAUGAACAAAUCAAUGCUGAUGCUACUUUGGGUGUAUUUAAAAUUGCUAAAUCAAACCUUCCAUCCCUUCUUAUAUACUUUCAUUAGCAUGAAUGAAAACAAUGAUUGGUAGAGGCCGCCACUAUUCUAUUACCAUUCAAAGCUGGUGAAUGCUUUUGCUGUGGAGGAAUGAGCACAGAUGAAUGGAUGAGUCGAUUGAUGAUGGAAGAAAUGACAGAUCACUGACUGGCAUCAUCAUGGUUGUUACUCCUCUUUACCUCAGUCGUGACAUGUUUUCUCAGUCCGUGCUCGUUAGUUUGCAUGACAAGAUUUAAAAAUGAACAACAAAACGAAUCGAUGACACAGCGGUGAUUCGGCUUUUGAGUUGGAGCUGCUUUGUUGGAGCUUUUAUCUAAAGUCCUUGUGGUUCUAUGAGCCUAGAUAUUUCAUCCAAAAGUUCCACGAACAUUUGUGUAUGUGAAGGUGGCAGGGCUUGCAUGAAAUUGAAACGGUAAUGUGAGAUGCAGCUGAGGAUUUUAGACAUUGCUCUACUAGUCGAACUAAAAAGGCUGCUGUAACCACUUCAACCUUUUUUGUUCCAUAUCUGUUUACACAACCUUCAGGGUAUUUUCGGACAAUUGCAAGUGUUAGUCAGCUGCAUUUAGAAGCCCUAUGUAUAAAAACAAAACAAAACACAACACCCUUUAAUUCCAGGACUGUAGUCAAUUUGCACAGAUUUUGUGUGCCGGCUAGAGGAGGAGGUGGAGGAUGUUUUUCUUCUUCUUUACACUACUGUAUAGGAGAGGGCCUUAACUAGGUACGCUUUGAAAUGUUUGAAAACGGCUCUUAUCGUUAAGGUUCAAGUUGAGAUUUCUUACAGAUCAUCACCUGGUUAGUGUGUCAAAAAAGGGCCAGAAAUAGAAAGUAGGCUCAUUUUGUCAAAAGUUCUUAGCACUCCAUUAAUGCUGAAAUGAUCUGUGCUACCUGGGGUGAAGCUUUCUGCUCCUCUCCAGACUUGGUGGAGACAAAAUUCGUAUAAAGAAAAAAACAAGGAAAAUCCAGCAUCUGUACACAAUGUAAUGGUAUAUCAUGCUUGUUUGAACUUAAACCAUAAACAACAAAAAUGAAACAACAUAUUGCUUGUUUUAGUUUUAGACAGCCUUCUGAUAUGUACUGUAGUUCAUUUUUGUACUGCAUAAAUUACAGUAAAAAGGUUGUACAUAGUGGUAUUUUAUCAACUGACUGACGGUCACUCUCUCUUUCUCUCAGGUUAAUCAAAUAUAAUCAAACCUCAUCUGUAUUACUGAGCAGCCAUGUUGUCAGUUUUGGCGUUUGCUGGAUUGAAUUGGCUGCAGCUCUGACCCCGGGUCCAACCAAUCACAAAUUACUUUGCGUAAAACUGAAUCUAGGUUUUUCUUGUUUUAACACAAAGAAAGGGAUGGUCCUACAAUCCAGGGAGUGAUUUUGGUUUAUGUUACGAUACAGUAAAAGAGACUAUGCCUUGGAGAUGGGAAAUGUCUUGAAAGCAAAUGUGAAAUAAGGAUUGAGCUCACGUAGUUAAGUGCUCAGUGGUUGCAUUCAAUCCACAUGGAUGGGCUGUGUUACAAAAAGAGGCUCACUUAAGUGAGCCAAACUUGUUCUGAAGUUGGUGAGUACGUUAUUUUAGUAAAUGGUGACAUACCUUCAUAAAUCAGAUCCUUCUGUUUUCUCUUGUAUAUAAAUAUAUAUAAGCAGUUAAUCCAUAUUCAUUUUCAUUUCUUGGCCUUUUACUGGUAACCCCCCCCCCCCCCCCCCCCCCCACACACACUUUUUUAAACAUGUGAAAAAAAAACCUCCAGGUUUAAGAGUGAGUGUUCAAGUCCUGUCCUUUAACGAUAAUGAAAAGGAAAACUAAGUCAUUCUGCCUUGUCAGUGUUUUAUUUGUAUGUUACAAAUAAAGGAAAGUUGUUUGACUUUU